AUGAAGAAGCUUGAUACACUUGAUCACCAAUACGGCUGGGCUUUUAAGUGGCUCCAGCAGAACGAAAUCUCCAUCGAUGACGCCCUGAACGGUUCCAUCGACGGCGAAGUACAAGCGAAGGUGAAGGCGAAAUUCCCUCUUUACCGCGAGCUUCUGUCGGUGCUUCGACCGUAUUUCAAGCCUGGUAAUAAUGCCGCUACUGAAAGCACGACCCGCGUGGGUCAAACAAAGGGGAAGCGUAAAGCUGCUGAUCAAGACAACCAGAACACGAGCAAGCGGCGCCGACGUGCUCGGGCCUCCGCUGCACCCGUGGCUGCACCGCCUGCCUCGCACGACGCGGAAGCGGAAACUGAAACACCUGUAGCUACGACGGCAAGAGUGCAGCCACCCAGUGUGACGUACAAGUACCAACAGAUGAACGUUGCGUCGAGCAUGAACUGGUUCUACAACCAGAGCGACGAAAUGCUAUUGCAACCAUCCGAGCACGGCACGCAGGAAACGAAGAAGCGGCUUGGCAACGCCAAGGUGGAGCACAUCCGGCAGCUCAGUGACUUGCGCUUGGAGUCGCAGAAGCUGCGCGUCGAGGCGCAAAGAGUGACGACGAUGCAGAAUCUGGUCAAGGAGGGCAUACCCGACGAGGCCAUUCAGCGCCACAUCUCGUCGCAGCGUCAGUAG